AUGGGACGCUUCCUAAGUUACACCAAAAGGCUCUCGAUUCCUAAUGCUGGGAUCCUAGGAUAUUGCGCUGCUCGCCCUAAGACAGGAAGUCUUCUAUCCCAUCUCUCGGGGAACAUACAUCAGGAACGCCGGUGCUUUUCUUCUGUUCCCAGCACGGAGAAGCUGACUGUACCGAUAGAGCAUGGACCGGGUACCGCUAAUGCGGAUGCGAGCAGACUUAAUAUAGAAUUGGGUCUUCCAUUGGAUAAUAAGAGCAUUAAGAGGAGCAACCGAGGCAAUAGGACUAUAAAAAAUUCUCUACCGCCCUCGCUACAGUACGUUCGUGAUACCAUGGACAAAUAUAAAGACUUUGUGGUUUUGACGCAAAUGGGGUCAUUUUAUGAAUUAUACUUUGAGCAUGCAGACAUCUACGCUCCCAAACUGAACUUGACUCUUACUAGUCGCGAAUAUGCUCAUGGUAAAGUUUCAUUCGCAGGAUUUCCUGUACAACAAGUCAAUAGACACCUGAAAGUAUUGGUCAAAGAACUGGGUUAUAGCGUAGCUAUAGCUGAUCAAUUCAAGAGAACUUCAGCCGCCAGUAAUGAAAGCAAUAGAUUUUUGAGACGAGUAACUCGGAUUGUCACACCUGGAACUUUCCUGGACGAAGCAUUCGAAAACUUACAGGAAAAUACUUACCUUCUUAGUAUUGAAUUCCCGGAAAGCUGUGUGCAAAAACUUGUUGACAUUAACAUGAAGGUUGGGCUCUGCUGGUGCGAUAUUUCAACAGGUGAGAUUUUUGUUCAGCAAACACUCUUAAAAGAUACAAUAUCGGCUGUCGCUAGAAUUGGACCUCGGGAGAUCCUCUUGGAUGAAGAGCUGUUCUCUUUCAAGCUGGAAGAGGGAGAGUGGUACCCUGAAUUUGUGGAAUUGAAGAGAUUCUUCAUCAAAUAUCAAAAAAUGCCCUCGAAUCACAGAAGCAUGAACACCUUCAGGUACCUUUUCAAUAGUGGAUAUUUGGAGGGAGAUUUUUUUCGGCUAGAAAAUGUCUUACAUGACUUUUCUCAAAAAGAGGUUGCAGCCUUGAGAAAUAUGUUACUAUACAUUGAAGAACACUUACCUGAUACUGCAGUUAACUUACAAGAGCCCCAGAGGCAGCUCACAAAUUCGCUAAUGCAAAUUGACUCACGGUCGUGCUCUGCCCUGGAAAUCACCUCAACAAUGCGAGCUAACACGAAAAAAGGAUCACUUCUUUCGGCAAUAAAGCGCACGGUAACGCCUUCAGGAAGCAGACUCUUAUCACAGUGGCUUUCUGCUCCUUCUUUAGAUACGGCGGAAAUCAAGCGCAGGCAGCAGCUUGUGACUUUAUUUCGAAAUAAUCAUGAGUUGACGGAACUUCUUAUCAGGACACUCAAGCAAACUUACGAUAUGCCGCGCAUUCUUCAAAAGUUUUCUUUCGGUAAAGGAGACGCCACUGAAUUAUUGCAGCUAUCACAUUCUUUGCAAAAGGCUGAAUUUAUUGGGAAGUCCAUAAAAGCUAAAUGUCGCACCAAACAGGGCGUUCUUGGAAACAUUUUGAGUUCCGUCAUAAGUCCUUUAGAAUAUGACAAACAGCUGAUAGGAAGAGUGCUUUCUUCUCUGGAUGAAGACCAGUUAAUGAAAUUCACGAUGCUUCAAUCUGAGUCUGAAUCUGAACUUUGUGAAAAAGACCAAAAUCUUGAAAAGAAAGAUGUUGACGCCUUUGGUGAAUCAAGCCUUUGGGUUAUUCGGCCUGGCGCGGGCACCAGAAUUUCAGAAUUGCAUGGCAAACAUCAGGAGCUGCUAAAGAGGCGGCGAGAGCUGUGCAAUCGGUUCGAGUCAACUAUAUCAGAUAGCGUUCAAGUUAAAGGUGUUCAGUUGAGGCUAAGGCAUACUGGCGAAUACGGACUGUACAUUUCAGCGACUUCUACCAAUAUUAAAUUGCUUUGCAGUUUAGUGAAGGACGGAAUGCUCUUUCGAGGCAGCCCUCUCAAGAUUUUGCAGAAGUCCUCUCAAAGCUGCUGGUUGGACCACAGAUUAUGGACUGAGCUGGGCCAGGAGCUGGAGUAUAUUGUUAUGAAGAUCAAGAGAGAAGAAAACAUAGUGAUAAGCUCGUUCAAAAAGGAAUUUAUAAAAAAGAGCUUCUCUAUACGACGCGUUUCUCAAGUUUUAGACUAUCUCGAUGUUCUCACUUCCUUUGCCAAACUCUCGACUGAGAAAAAUCUUUCCUGCCCUGUUGUUGAUACUAGUUCUGACUUGGACAUCAAAAGUGGUCGUCAUAUAGUGGUGGAAGACGGAUUGCUCUCUAAAUCUUUGCAAAAAUUUACCUCAAAUGAUUGUCGACUAGAAGCUAGCAAUCUUUGGGUUAUAACAGGACCAAAUAUGGGGGGCAAAUCGACGUUUCUCAGGCAAAUUGCAAUAAUUGUUAUUAUGGCCCAAAUUGGUUCUUAUGUCCCUUGUGAGUCAGCUAAAAUUGGUGUAGUAGAUAAAAUCUUCAGCCGGAUAGGUUCAGCAGAUGACUUGUACAAUCAAAUGAGUACUUUUAUGGUUGAAAUGACUGAGACGGGCUACAUUCUUAAAGGCGCUACCAAAAGAUCACUAGCUAUCUUGGAUGAAAUAGGGCGAGGCACGAGUGGCAAGGAAGGGAUUAGUCUUGCGUAUGCGGCUUUGAAAUAUCUUGUCGAUAGAAAUCAAUGCAGAUCGCUAUUUGCCACUCAUUUCGGUCAAGAGCUGAAAACGCUUGUUGAUAAUCAUUGUGAUGAGGCAGUUCGAAAAAAAAUAUCGUACUAUAGAUCUGGAGUUUAUGACACAGGCGGAGAUGAUUUCUGUUACGAUCAUAGUCUCACCCCUGGAAUAUGUAACAACUCUGAUGCAAUAAGAGUUGCAAUGAGAGCAGGAUUUCCUAAGGAGGCACUAGAUAACGCCCGAAAAGCUUUGAAACUCUCUGAUACUUAA